AUGAGUGCUUGUAUCACUGCAAAUCGCCGAAUUUUGGUCAAUAUUAUAAAUAUGGAGAAUCAUGAUGUCAAAACGGUAAUGGAGAAAGUGUCGGACGGCAUUGAUAAAGUACAUGACGUGAAGGGCGUACAAGCAGAGCCGACGCCUGCGGCGUCAUCGUUGUCAUUGCCUGUUUCGGAACAAGUGUCGCUCUCUACCGGAGAAAAUAUCAACAAAAAUAAUUAUAUUAAUAAGAAAACCUGUUCUAAAUUAUUAAUAAAAAAUUCUGGAAAAUUUGAAAGUGGUAGUGGUAGUGGAGAUCAGGAGGGAGGUCAGCAUGAAGAUGGAAUUGAUAUUGCAGCGAAAAAAAGAAAAACUCGUAGAGGUAAACCUAAACAUAGAAAAUUAAAACCAUAUUCAAAACAACAAUUAUCAUAUCAACAACAGCUGCGAUAUAGAUCUAGAGGUCGAUUAGCAAAAACUGGUAGACAACCUCCAGCACUAUAUAACACCACACAAUUUCUUAUGGAUGAUCACAGUGAUCUUCCAGAUCUUGACCAAAAGCUUUCAGAAGCUGCAUCAUCAGAAUUACCUGCUACAUUUCAAAAACCAUCAGCCCCCUCUCGUACUCGAGAUUCUAGUUUCAGUGUUGACUCUGAUGAAGAUUAUUUUUAUUCGUCUCCAGAAGACGAAGAAGAAUUCUUGACAAAGGAAUUCUCAACUGCAUAUGAAGAUCUUCAUGCUGAAAGAUUAAGCACAUUAAGUAAAUCAGAACUAAUACAGGAAUAUCUGCAAUUAGAAGCAAAAGUAGAUUUAUUAACAAAACGACUACGUGGUAAAAAUUUUCAUCAAACAGAACAACGAGACUUGGAAAGCAACAGUAGUAGUACAGAUUCAGAAUCAGCAAAAAAGUUAAAAAUCUGUCAACAACGAAUUGAUGAUUUAAUGCAACAAAAUGAACAAUUAAAACGAGAAAAUGAAUUAUUAAGAGCUAAAAGGGACGGCAGUCCAGUUUCAAGUGUUGAUAGCGAAAGCGACAGUGAUAGUACAAGUAAUGAGAAUAGGAGCAGAUGUAGUUGUCUCCUUCCAAAUUCUAGCUCUUCUUCAGAACUUAUGGGAUAUGUUUCUAGAAGUAAAAAUAGUCAGAGAAAAGAUAGUUCUGUCUCUAGUACUGAUAGUAAAAGUGAUACUUGUGAUAGUAGUUCAAGUGAGAAUUCUAAAGCAUCUAUGACCCCAGUUAAUCUUUCAAAUGGUCAUGUAACCAUUCAAAAAAUUGAUGGUCUCCCUACAUAA